AAACAAGAAUAUAUAUAUAAGACGGUAAAAAAUAACGAAUUAAUUUUACUUGUUAAACUUAUUUAUUAUUCUCUUUAAAUUUCGGUCAAUUAUUCAGGUCAAUCACUUUGUAAAAAAUGAUGUAUUUGAGAUUUCAAAUAAUUCUGUCUUUUGGAUUAAUAUAUCCAGCAUUAGCAGUAAUUACAUUUGAUCAAGUUAUCAGUUAUUUGUCAUCCACCAAUUUACCACAUGCACAAGUUAAAUUCCAAAAUUGCAUGUCUAAUUUAAACAUAAAUGAUUUUGAACAAAUAAAUAAUGACGAAAUUAAUACAUUUUUAAAUACAUUGAGUGAUAAUAUCAUUUCCCGUCGAAUUUAUCCAGAAGAAAUGAGUCAAGAAUUUAUUGAAUUUUUUAAAUUAGAUAAAUUUAUUAUUAAAGAUAAGUUAAAUGAAUGUUUUAAAAUAUUCCAGUCAAAUUUGUUUGCAAUAAAAAAACCCAAG